AAGCGCAGUCGAACUAACUAUUUGAAAUAUAAGCAACAACAUUGAGGGGCGGCGAGGAACAGUUUUGGUUUAAGAAUGCGGGGAGGCGUUAUUGGAAGUAUUAGCUUCCUUGCCUUCCUGUUGUUCCAUUACACGAAUGGUCAAGAUAUUUUAUUAAACUCGCAAACACAGGAUUUAAAAGAAGAUUUAAGUGAAGUCAAAGCAUCGAAUGAAGAUGUUACAUUGAAAAGUACAGAAAGUGAUUUUCAAAAUAAUAUUUCUGAUAGUAAUAAUAACGACUCAAGUACAAAAUCACAAGAUGAUUUAAAACCCGAGAGUCGAAUUUCAGCUGACACUGACCAAGGAUUGAUUUCUUCUCUAGAAGUAACUGAAAACAAAGAAGAGGAGAAUUUUAGCAAUAAACAACUAAAAUCUGCACAAGAUGAAGAAAAUGAUAUAAAAGCGGAGGAAAAAUCUGGUUACAGUUCAGCGAUUGCAACAUCAAGCAAUUCAUUUGGUUAUAGCAACAGCUUUGCUAAAGCAACUUCUUUAGCAUCAGGCGGAUACGGUGGAACCGUUUCACCAUAUCAAACUCAUUUGCCGAACUCAGCUUCUAGCUCGGCUCAGGCAUAUAGUAAUGGCAAUGCUCAAGCUAUAGCGUCAUCCCAUGGCAACUCCUACUAUAGAUCAACACAAGGUUUUGCUCCGCUAGGUCCAUCCUUGGGACCAGGAUCUUUUACCUGGGAGGAUACUAAUGCGCAGUCUACAGGCUAUGAUAGAUGGAAUCCAUUGGUGUCAAGUUAUUUUCCAGACGUAAGUUAUGCAUCAGGAAUGGGACAAGCGCAAUCAGAUUACGGGAGCCCCUACGGAUUCGAUUUUUAUAAACCAGAUUUUGGUUAUGCAUCGGCAACAGCUGAUACGAGUGGAUGGGGUCCGUAUGGUCCAGGGACAUAUCCCGAUCAAAGCUACACAGGAGAAGCGCAGGCUCAAUCAUCCUUUUCGGUAGGGUAUUAUGAACCAGGACGAGCAAGGCAAUUUUUACCUCAGGAAUACAUAAUUCCUCAUUCAACAUCCGGACAAGAAAUUGUAUGUAUGCGAGCGGGUGAUUUAUACAGCAUACUAACAAUUGACAAUAGAUGUUUGAUAUGUACGUGUAGUGAAGUCCUAGGGCAAUUGGCGCCUGUAUGUGCCGGCUGUGACUCCUGUUUCGCAGUACCAUUGCCGGAACCGGAACCGGUACCGGAACCGUUACCGGUGCCAAUACCGGAGCCGGCGCCUGAGCCACAGCUGUCAUGCUCACCCCUACCAGAAGACACGCCUUUCGAGAAUCCAUUGAAUCCGUGCCAAAUAUGUAUUUGCGCUCAUGUAUUCAAUGCGAUCGGACAGCCCGACAUACAGAUCGACUGUCAGGAGAAUCCAGAAUGCCGAUUGCCGAAUGAUAUCCCUCAGAUACCGCCCAUACCUGAACCACCAGUACCGGUUCCUAUGCCCCUUUGCGAGAAGUUCCCAUCCGAAAUACUUUUCCCUCAUCCAACAGAAAGUUGCAAAAUUUGCAAGUGUGUCGUCGAGAUAUUGUCAUUCGGUAUACCCGAGCAACGGAUUUUAUGUAUGCCAAUCCCUGAAUGCGAACAAUCCUGGCCGGAACCAGAACCUUGGCCAAUACAAGAGAUCUGGCCACCAGGUCCUGAACCGUACCCCAUUAUUGAGCCAGUACCUAACAUACCAGAACCAUGGCCAAUUCCAGAGAUACUGCCUCCUGCACCUGAACCCUGGCCUAUCAUUGAACCUUUACCACCAGCACCAGAAAUAUGGCCUGUUCCAGAACCCUUACCUCCUCCUCCUAGACCGUGGCCUAUUAUUGAGCCAGAACCAGUGCCUAUUAUUGAGAUAGAACCAGUGCCUAUUAUUGAGACAGAACCAUGGCCAAUUCCAGAGACACUGCCACCUGCACCUGAACCCUGGCCUAUCAUUGAACCUUUACCACCAGCGCCAGAACCAUGGCCUGUUCUAGAACCUUUACGUCCUCCCCCUGGACCGUGGCCUAUUAUUGAGCCAGACCCAUGGCCAACUCCAGAUACACCGCCACCUGAAUCCUGGCAAGUCAUCGAACCUUUACCACCAAUGCCAGAACCAGUUCCCGAACCUUGGUAUCCACCUGAACCAGUUGAACCAUGGCCCGUUAUUGAGCCAAUACCAGAACCAUGGCCCACUCCCGAAUACCUGCCAUGGCCACCCUCAGAACCUGAAAUAUGGCCUGUUCCUGAGCCCUUACCUCCAGCUCCAGAGCCUUGGCCGAUUCCAGAACAAUAUCCGCCAGCUCCCGAACCUUGGCCAAUUCAACCGUUGCCAGAACCUGUACCACCAGAACCAGAACCACAACCAUUACCUUGGCCACCUGUGGUACCUGAUGCUCCACUCAGUCCUCUACCUGGUCCACCACCUCAUCAGUCAUGUCGACCUUAUCCGCCGAACAUGCCAUUCCAACAUCCAUGGGAUGAAUGCAGAGUUUGUGUGUGCAGUGAGUUCCAUGCGAUCGGUAUCACCAACAUUGAAGUUAACUGUUACACGAAACCAUCGUGCUGCAUUGAACUACCAUUCCCAGAACCAUAUCCUGAACCAUUACCCCUCCCCCCGCCAAUUCAGCAAACAAUUCCUCCACCUAUUCAGUAUAUUGAGCCACAGUUUCCACAAAUAAUAUCAGAUCAGAACUGUCAAUAUCAAGAUAUCGGAUCCGAAUUCCUAAGCCCCGAAGACGUCUGUAAAGUGUGCACCUGUCAAGUAUUCGGAAACUACGUAGCUCCGGUCUGUAGACGCUCUAAGAGGCCCGAAUGUGCGGCCACGGAUCUGAGGCCGUUCAACAACGUGGUGUUUAUUGAGCCAACGUGCCGUUAUCGACUUCCGAAUCAGCCAUACGUCGUGGAUUGCAACGUGUGUUUAUGUCAACCUGUUUUUAAUUACGUCAUCGCUCACUGCACCCCACAACCUAACUGCGAUAAUUUACCACCAUUUGCACCGGGUGGAACAUUUAACAAUGGAGAAGCGUAUUUUGAUUCAUACGGUGAUUCCUCUUUCGCUCAAGCAUCAUCUAAUUCCCUUUAUAACUCAGCGUCAGCAGAAGCUACCGCCAUCGCACAUGCUCAGUCAAACGUGAACUCAAAUAUGGGAGGCAGCUCGGCCUACGCUGAAAGCUUGUCCAAUGCAGGCAACAAAUACCCUUACGGCACGAUUUUUCCCGGUUCGUCAGACAUUUCAGCAUCCGCCCAAGCUAAUUCCAUAGCUAAUGUGCCUAAUAUCAAUGCGUAUCCGUACUAUGAUGACAAUUACUAUGCUCAAAGUCAAGCUGCCGAACAAGCGGCGUACUCUCAAGCAAUGGCUAGUGCAACGCAGAAUUCCUUCAAUCAAUUUGGCAGUCAAACUUAUGGCACAGCAGAAGGUUUAGCUAAUAGUCAAUAUGGUCUGUAUGGAGGGUAUCCCUACUAUAGCGGAAUGCCAGACGUAAGUCAAAUGCAACAGGGAUCUCUGGGGACAUCUGAACUUUAUCAAGGUCAAUACCAAUAUCCUCAAAAUACAGGAAUUUAUCAAGCGGGUAUGUCUGGUUGGGAAAAUUCAGUAAGCGAACAAGGCACAAGCAUGCAGAAUUUGCGGCAAAUUUCGGCGAUUUCCGGUCGGCCGUUAAUACGUUCCGGCCCAGGCUUGUGCAACUACUCGGGAGACAAGUAUCACCACAACUGCCAGGCGUGCUUCUGUUUCCAGGAUGGAAAUGGAAGCCUGUUUACACUCUGCUUAGGCAGUCCUUGCGCCAAGUAAGAGAGCGGUCAAUGACUCAACGGACCUUAACGGACUAGGAUAAUAUAAUUUAUGAUAAAUAAUUUUAAGAUGGCAUGUAGAGACAAAAGCACAUUCCUACUUUAAUAAAUACCUACUAAGCGUAAA